GCUCUAGACAAAAGUAUAGCAGAUAAUACUUCAUUGCUACUAGGCUUGGGAGAAUCUAUUGGGGUCUCUUUAGAAGGCAAAUUUAUCACUUUAUUGAAAGGCUCGAUAGAUUCGGGAAGCUUGCUAGUCUCAUGUUUAUCGAUUACUAGCUCAGGUGUUUUAGAGGAU